AGUCCCACAUAUUUCACAUGCAUGCAUACAUACAUGUAAUAAAGUAUAACAUCAUCAUCAUCAUCGACCACGACGCCACGUUAGCACCACCCCACCCUACCCUACGACCUCUACGCUCUUUUAUCUGCUAUAAAUACGGAGCAUCCCUUCUGCCAUUGCCUUCUUACUUUUGGCGAGAGCACUAAAACGACUCACAAUGGGGAAGAAGAAGAACAAGAACAGCAACAGCAACCAGAAGACGGACGAGAACGUCAACGUCAACGAGAUAAAAAACGAGAACGAGAACAAGAAGAAGGACAAUGAUGAGGGAGAGAAAAAGAAGCAGGAGGCGAAUCCAAUUUCGCCGGCGGUGUUGAAGAUCGACAUGCAUUGCGAGGGCUGCGCCUCAAAGAUUACAAGAUGCGUUCGCGGCUUUGAGGGCGUGGAGGCUGCGAAAGCGGAUAUGAAGGCCAACAAACUUACGGUGGUCGGGAACGUGGACCCGACGGAACUCCGGGACAGGCUGGCCGAAAAGACCAAGAAGAAGGUGGAUCUCCUCUCUCCGCAACCCAAGAAGGACAACAAAGCCGACGACAAGUCCGACCAAAAACCGGAGAAGAAAGCUGACGACAAAAAACCCAAAGAGGCUCCGGUGACGACGGCGGUGUUCAAGGUGGAUCUGCACUGCCAGGGAUGCAUUGACAAGAUUCGAAAGACGGUUUUGAAGACCAAAGGUUACAAGGAAAUGGAUAUAGACCAUAAGAAAGAUCUGGUCACCGUAAAGGGCACCAUGGAUACAAAGGCUCUAGCUCAAAACUUGAAGGAGAGGCUGAAGAGGCAAGUGGAAAUAGUGCCGCCCAAGAAGGAGAAAGAAGGCGGCGGAGAGGGUGGUGAGAAAAAGGAUGGUAAUGGAGGCGGCGGGGGGAAGAAGAAGGGUGGAGGAGGAGGAGAUGCUGGGCAAGAGGAAAAUGCAGCAGGUAUUGCAAAAGUGGAAGGGAACAGAAUGGAUCAGUUUAUGGUACAACCCCCUGGGCAUGGUUUCGGAUACGGGUAUGGGAAUUUUUAUGGCCAUGGAUACCAGGGAUAUGGACAUCCUGGGUAUGGCUAUGGAGGCAUGGUGGGAGAGCAUGUGCAUGCCCCACAGAUAUUCAGUGACGAAAACCCAAAUGCCUGCUCUGUCAUGUGAAAAAAGGAAUUUUAUCAUACAGACGGAGUUGAGAUUACUACUUUGAAAAGGAAAGUGUAAAUAAAGAGUGUAGAGAGUGGUAAAGAUGUUGGGGAUUUUGGGUGGGGGGACUUUAAGGUUUGAAAGGAAAAUGGUCUUAGCCCUUGUUGGACCAGUAGCUAGCCAGAGCUUAGCUUUUGGGUUUUAAUAUAUAAUAAAUCCCCAGUUCCUAGUUUGAUACUGUUGUUUAAAUAUUUGAUAAUUUGUUUAUGUUGAAGUGGUAGUUAUCAUAUUGAUCCCAAUUACUAGUUUU